AACCACCUUGGGUUGGGAAGAGCUCCCACCACCCCGCUCCCAAAACCCUCCCCUUACUCCUUGCCUCCUACCAGUUUUUUCCCUUUUUUUUCCUUCUGAAAAAAUAAUAUAUGGCAAUAAACUCUUGUAUUUUGGAGGGAAAAGAAUAAAAUUUCCAUUCCCCUCUAGUGGGUUUGGUUUCUUUCUGAAACCAGAAACAAAGGAAGCUAACAAGAGGAACCAGAAAGUGAAAGACCCCAGCAAAAACUUAAAAGAAGGUCCCAACUACUCUCUUAUGGAGGACUAUCCAAACCAGAGGUCUCUUCUUGUAUGAUUCGGGUUUCAACUAAAUGCUAGAAAGAAACCUAUUUGUUUUUUUGAAAAAAAAACUAAGCUUUUUCUUCUUCCUUCUUCUCCAUCAGUGAUCUAGAUUUGAUCUGAAAUUUUUGAAAGCAAAAAUCAUUCUUUUGGCCUGCCAUUCACCUCAAAUGAGUUGGAUUAGUCCUCUAACCUUGCACAGUUUGAAUUUUUAGCCUUCCCCAUAUCCUCCUCUCAGAUGACUUGGGCCUUGUCCCAAGCUACGGAAGGAGAUGGUUGUUCUAUCGUCGGCAUCCACCAGAACCGCUUCGGUACUGCCCCAAACCAAGAUAAAGAUUAGAUUUUUGCCUCCUUUCCCAUCUCCCCAACUCCAUAGCUUUCAGAGGGACUCACUCCCAUUCUCCACCUCCCAGCCUCCACCAUCCCCCCCACCCCCCAGCAGCAGUAGAAUAAGCCCUGCAGUCCUCUUAAUCAUAGUAAUCCUGGCAGUGAUCUUCUUCAUCUCUGGCCUCCUCCACCUUCUGGUGAGAUUCCUCAUCAAGAAACGCCCCUCUGCUUCCUCUUCCAGCCACUCUAAUGGGCACCAGGCGGCGGCGGAGCUCUCGGGCUCGGAGGCCCUCCAGCGGCAGCUCCAGCAGCUCUUCCACCUUCACGACUCAGGCCUCGACCAGGCAUACAUCGACGCGCUGCCCGUCUUCCUUUACAAGGAGAUCGUCGGCGCCAAAGAGCCUUUUGACUGCGCCGUCUGCCUCUCCGAGUUUGAAGCCAAUGACAAGCUCCGCCUCCUCCCCAUCUGCGGCCACGCCUUCCACAUCAGCUGCAUUGACACCUGGCUGCUCUCCAAUUCCACCUGCCCUCUCUGCCGGGGGGCGCUCUUCGUGCAGGGCAUGUCGAUGGAGAACCCAAUUUUCGAUUUUGAGGAAUCCAGAGAGGAGUGCGGCUUCGCAGGGGACUGGGAGGAUGGCUUCUCGAUGCCCGGAGGUCAGAAGCCGGCGGAGGUGGAGGAGAUUGCUGCUGAGACGAGACUGUUCUCAGUGAGGCUUGGGAAAUUCAAGAACUUGGGCAAUAGAGAUGGUGGUGCUGGUGGUGAUAAUGUUGAUGAUAAUGGCAAUGUUAGAGGUGAUGUGAGAAGAGAGGAAGGGGAGAGUAGCAGCAGUAGUUUGGAUGCAAGGAGAUGCUACUCUAUGUGCUCUUAUCAAUAUGUUCUUGGGGAGGCUAAUCUCCAAGUGUCUUUAUGCACCGGCUCUACUAGGAUUGAAAAUGGUAAGAGGGUCAGGGGAAGAGGAGCUGGUGGAAAUUCGACAAGCAAUGUGAUUUUGGAAGGGAAGAGGUUGGGGAUUGCCGGCAAAGGUGAAAGCUUUUCGGUGUCAAAGAUCUGGCAGUGGUCUAAUAAGGAGGGGAAACUCCCUAUAUCUUCAGACUCUUCCUCCUCUAUGGAUGGGGGAUUUCCAUGGGCUAGGAGAAGUGUUGGAAUACAUGAGACAUAUAUGUGAUAUGAUAAUUGUUGUUGUCCUCUCUUCUCUUCUCUUAUCUUUUUCCCCCUUUUUUUAAAACUCUCAGUGGUUAUUCAACUCAGCAUCAAAAUUCAUAUUUAUCCCUUC